AUGAGCUAUACAAAUUCAUCUAUUGGCUCUGGAAGUAGAACUGGUAGAAGGGCAUUUGAGUUUGGGAGGACUUAUGUUGUAAGGCCUAAAGGGAAACACCAGGCUACAAUAGUUUGGCUUCAUGGACUUGGUGAUAAUGGCUCCAGCUGGUCACAACUCUUGGAAAGUCUCCCUCUUCCGAACAUAAAGUGGAUAUGUCCUACUGCUCCUACUCGUCCCGUGGCUUUACUUGGUGGAUUUCCUUGCACUGCAUGGUUUGAUGUGGGUGAGCUUUCAGAAGAUUGUCCAGAUGAUUUUGAAGGUUUAGACUCUUCAGCAGCACAUAUUGCAAACUUACUGUCUACAGAGCCUGCUGAUAUUAAACUUGGUAUUGGAGGCUUCAGUAUGGGAGCUGCCACAGCCCUUUAUUCUGCAACUUGCUUUGCCCAGGGAAAAUAUGGAAAUGGCAACCCUUACACUGUAUGCCUAAGGACAAUUAUUGGUUUAAGUGGGUGGCUUCCUGGUGCUAGAAACAUGAGAAACAAGAUCCAAGGAUCACAUGAGGCUGCAAGACGUGCUGCAUCUCUUCCCAUUUUGCUGUGCCAUGGACUUUGUGAUGAAGUGGUUCCUCAUACACAUGGAGAGAGGUCGAAUCAUGCUCUGAGCUUAGCUGGAUUUCAAAAUCUUGCAUUUAAAUCCUAUGACGGGCUUGGUCAUUAUACUGUGCCUAAAGAGAUGGAUGAGGUCUGUAAUUGGUUAAAUGCAAGACUUGGGCUGUAG